UUUGUGAGCGGGUUAAGACCAGAAACGCAAUAGUAAUGAGGCCGGGCUUCGACUGGUUUAUUAAGGCAAGUGUGGGUGGCUCCAGUCUGCUGAUGUCACCGAUGGAAGCCAGGCAGGAGCUUCAAAGGCCUUCAUUGUUGGUUGUGGAGCCUAGGCAAGUCUCCCGGUGUUGGGUGUGUGUACGUGGGGUGGGCAGCAGGCUUGUAUGUCGUGCACAGUGUCUCCACCGCUUCAAGAAACCAAGUCUCCAGGAGAACAUAAAUAGGAUUUGAAUUGAUGCUACAAGAAAACAAGAAUGGGUGCGGCGUGUGUUCGCUAAGUUUCAGACCCGACUGAAAAGAAAUCUUAAAUCUGUUGUUACCCCCCCCCCAGACCUUUGGAGAUUUGAAACGGCCAAUCCUGGGGGGGACGUUGAAAUUGGAUUUUUUUUUACCGGACCUGGGAAACUAUUUUUGAAAAGGAAAAGGGGACGAAAGAAAAAUAAUUCGAAUUGAAGUUUAACAAAUGAAAAUGCUGGAGAUUUGUCGUAAGCUGGUGGGGUGUAAAUCAAGAAAGACGCUGUCUGCUUCAUCUAGCUGUUACUUGGAAGAAGCCCUGCACCGUCCGGAGUUUGAGUCACAGGGUUUGAAUGAAGCUGCUCGGUGGAAUUCCAAAGAGAACUUGCUUGCUUGCCCCAGUGAAAAUGACCCCAACCUUUUUGUUGCACUGUAUGAUUUUGUUGCCAGUGGUGAUAACACUCUCAGCAUAACAAAAGGUGAAAAGCUUCGUGUUCUGGGCUAUAACCACAAUGGAGAAUGGUGUGAGGCUCAGACUAAAAAUGGCCAAGGCUGGGUUCCAAGCAACUACAUAACACCAGUUAACAGUUUAGAAAAACACUCCUGGUAUCAUGGGCCAGUCUCUCGCAAUGCUGCAGAGUAUCUCCUCAGCAGUGGCAUCAAUGGAAGUUUUCUGGUACGGGAGAGUGAAAGCAGCCCCGGACAAAGAUCCAUAUCACUUCGUUAUGAAGGAAGGGUAUACCACUACAGGAUAAACACUGCAUCUGAUGGAAAGCUGUAUGUAUCUUCAGAGAGUCGUUUCAACACUUUGGCAGAGCUUGUUCACCACCACUCAACAGUUGCUGAUGGACUGAUCACCACCUUGCACUACCCCGCUCCAAAACGUAACAAGCCUACCAUCUAUGGAGUCUCACCUAAUUAUGACAAGUGGGAAAUUGAACGAACAGACAUUACAAUGAAACACAAAUUAGGUGGUGGACAAUAUGGGGAAGUGUAUGAGGGUGUUUGGAAGAAAUACAAUCUCACUGUGGCAGUAAAGACACUAAAGGAAGAUACUAUGGAGGUGGAAGAGUUUUUGAAAGAGGCUGCAGUUAUGAAGGAAAUUAAGCAUCCCAACCUGGUACAGCUGCUAGGCGUAUGUACUCGGGAGCCCCCAUUUUACAUCAUCACAGAAUUCAUGACUCAUGGGAACCUCCUUGAUUACCUUCGGGAUUGUAACAAAGAGGAAGUGAAUGCCGUUGUGCUGCUAUAUAUGGCAACUCAGAUAUCCUCUGCAAUGGAGUACUUGGAGAAGAAAAAUUUCAUUCACAGGGAUCUUGCUGCUAGGAACUGUCUUGUGGGAGAGAACCAUUUGGUUAAAGUGGCUGAUUUUGGGCUAAGCAGAUUGAUGACAGGAGACACGUACACAGCACACGCUGGAGCAAAGUUUCCAAUUAAAUGGACUGCUCCAGAGAGUCUAGCCUACAACAAAUUUUCAAUCAAAUCUGAUGUGUGGGCAUUUGGUGUUCUUCUGUGGGAAAUUGCAACGUAUGGCAUGUCCCCAUACCCUGGAAUUGACCUUUCGCAAGUUUAUGACCUAUUGGAAAAGGAUUACAGGAUGGAGCGGCCUGAGGGCUGCCCAGAGAAAGUUUAUGAAUUGAUGCGUGCAUGCUGGAAGUGGAACCCAGGGGAUCGGCCAUCAUUUGCAGAUGUCCAUCGAGCAUUCGAUACCAUGUUUCAGGAAUCAAGUAUUUCAGAAGAGGUCGAAAAGGAACUGGGAAAGAAAGGAGGGAAGUGUUGUGGCACAAGUAAGCCACAAGCACCAGAACUGCCAACCAAAACACGUACCCUCCGCAGAACCGCUGAGAACAAAGAACCAAAUGAGCUACAGGAGGCACCUCAUUCGAUAUUUAAAAUCUCAAGUGAUCUUGAUUCUGGGGACCAUGAAAUGGCCAUUUCUCCGAUGCUGCCGCGGAAAGACAAAGACACAGACAGCGCCUUGGAUGAUGAUCGUUUACAGUCUUCUACUAAAGAGAAAGGCAAAUCCAGUUCAAUCUUCAGCUCGUUCAUCAAGAAAAAGAAAAAGACGGCACCCACCCCACCGAAGCGCAGCAGUUCUUUCCGUGACAUGGAUGGGCAGGCGGAAAAGAAAGAAACAGUGGAAGAUGUCAUCACAGUGACGAAAGAUGCUAACAAUGGAUCUUGUGUGAAUAAUGUAACACCUCUUGACACAAUGGACCCAUCAAAAUUUCAGCAUUCUUCUAACACUGGGGCACAAAGUACUAACAAUGGAGGUGGAGGGGUUGCCAAUGGCAGCUUCUUGGGAACAACAGGGUUCUUUCUGCAUUCUAGGAAGUCCAGUACAUUAGCCGCAGGAAAGCCAGUUGGGAAUGAAGAAGAGUUGCUCACAAAUUCAAAGCGAUUCUUGAGAUCUUGCUCUGCAUCAACAAUGCCUCCUGGAAGCAAGGAUCAAGACAGGAAAGCACUGACCCUUCCUCGUGACCUCCAAUCUGCAGGGAAGCAAUCUGAUCCAGCCGGCAUCUUGGGUUGUGACAAGAAUGAGAAGCCAGCUUUGCCUCGAAAGAGGACAAAUGAAACUAAAGUGGACACUGUUCCUCGUGGAAACUUAACCACAUCAUCUCGGCUGCCAAAAAAGACUGAUGAGUUAAAUGAUGAUGUUUUUAACAACCAGGAGUCCAGUCCAAGCUCAAGCCCACCAUCAUCCACUCCAAAGAUUGUUCGAAGGCAGCCGACAGUAAUCACAUCAAUCAAUCUCGUCUCCAGGGACAAGGACAAGGAUGAGGGAGGGAAGACUUGUGCCUUAAGUUCUGCUUCCCAACAAGACCAUAACUCCUCUAGUGCCUCUGCUUGCACAUCAAAGCAGAGCUCCACCUCGGUCCUGGGUGGGGUAAAGCUGCUGAAUGACGACCCCAAGGUACGAAGGUUCAGGCAGCCUCCUGAACAGCAUCGGUCGUCCUCCAUAAAGGACCGGGCCAAGAUGCAAAAAUCGAAACCAGCUCCUCCUCCUCCUCCCGGCGUGAAAUCUGUACGACCACCUCGAAGCCCGACCCAAGAGACUGCGGCCGAGACUGCCAUGAGCAUCAAACCCAAGCAGUCCACUCAGGUCCCAGACACUAUGAACAGUGAGAUCUUGAAGCCAGGUCAUCUGGGGGAGAAGAGGCCUUCUUUCCAUUCAACAACGAAGUCCCAGUCUUCCACCAAGGCCUCAAGCACCAAUUCAACUGCACCCUCUGCCUCUGCACAGUCUGCCUUAUCAGCUGCUGGUGGUGACCAGCAGCCCACAGCGACCACAGCCUUCAUCCCACUCAUCUCCACCAGAGUAUCCUUACGCAAGACACGACAGCAGCCAGAGAAGAUCACCAGUGCCAACAUCACUAAGGACACCGUUUUAGAGAGCACAGAAGCAUUACGUGUGGCCAUUGGGAAGAACUCCGAGCAGAUGGCUAGCCACAGUGCGGUGCUGGAGGCAGGCAAGAACCUUAUCACCUUCUGUGUCAGCUACGUGGACUCCAUCCAGCAAAUGCGUAAUAAGUUUGCCUUUAGGGAGGCCAUCAACAAGCUGGAGAGCAACUUACGGCAGUUACAGAUCUGCUCGGCCAGCCAGGACUUUACCAAACUUCUCUCAUCUGUGAAAGAAAUCAGUGACAUCGUCCAGAGGUAGCAAAGGCUCAGGGGGUGGGGGUGCAAGGGAAACAAAUAUGGUCAAAAUGCUGCUCCCUGACUCCAAAACAGUGUGAUAGAAUCGGGGGGAGACUUGAGUUUGGCUGAUUACCAGGGGUGUAUGUGGCAGCAUGGCUUUCAUUGCUCGGUAGCCUUCUAGUUCCCCAUGUCUGCUUCAGUUUCCUCUCCUUGGAGUCGGUUAUUACAUCAAAUUCUCCAGCGCAGAGAAAGGACAGGCAGCCCAUCAGGUCUGAGCCAGUGUUUAUGCUUCACACAACCCUCUUCCAACCUUGCUGCAUCUUAGUCAUUAGCUUACUCCUCUGUUAAUUUCUCACUCGUGUUUGUUCACGUCACUUUGGGCUGUAGGAAUUGAUGGUUCCUUGAUAAUGGGCAUCCUUGAUACUUAGUGUAAAUUCUGAGAAGGCAGUCUGGUCACUUGCCUGUCAUUGUGGCUUAGAAGCUAAUAAUUAACCUUCUCACCUUUGUUGGUACAAUACAGCUUCCAUACUUACGAACUGCAUUAAUUUCACAUGGUUACACCAGUUCCACUUGGAAGUAGCUCUGAUUGAUAAGAUGAAGUGUCAAUGCUGCUCUUCAAAUGUACUCCCACCUCCUUGAAAACUGCCGAAAAGUGAGAAAGUUUUUUGGAAAAUUUAUUCCAUGAACUAAUUAGUCACUAGAAAUCUUGAACAAGUUUCUGUUAUCUCAUAUCCUUCACCAUUCAUCACCUGUGUGGAAUAUGUCUUUUAUCCUUGUUUUGCACCCCACCCCCUCUUUUCCUAGUCUAUAUCAAACAUCUCCUUUAAUCAUUCUAUCUGAAUAUUGUAGAUCUGGCUUUUCUAUCCUGCUAGUUGUAAGACAGAAUAAUAUCAGGAAUAAGAUUAAGCUAAGCCAGAAACUUCUCAACAAUUUGUCACAGUGACUCACCAUCUAGAUUGAAGACUUUGAGGGUGGAGGACAGUGAAAGGGUAGAGGCAGCAGACAUUAUAAAGUUUCAGUCCAUGUAAACCAUUGUGCUCCAGGUAUUAUUGUUAAUUUUAUCCCAUUAAUUGGAAGUUGUUGAUUGGAUGUUAUUGGUAAGUUUUUCAUCUGUCUUUAAAACCAGAACACUGAAGUGUAAGCAAUUAAACCCGCAGAUAUGUUAACAAUAUUUAAUUGAAAAUUGAUUCUGAGGGUCUGUGGCAUUACUGAAUCUUUUGUGCAAGUUAGUGAGUUGGAGAAAGGGCAGGACUUGCAGAAACAAAUUUUCACUGAAAAUAUUUUAUUUAAGGAAUAGCCUAUGGCAAACUAUAGCUGCUUUUCUCAUUAGCUACCUUAUCCAAAAAAACUGAGUGAAGGAUAAUUGCGUAUAAAUUAUGUGCAUAACAUCAAACUGUCACUUAAUAGUAAUGCGGGCCAUUGGGUUUGUUGAAUGGGAAUUAUCCAAUCAUCUGUGUCUGGAAGAGUGUUAGCACUUUAUGCAGCUGUACUGGUGAUCUGGCUACAAUCCCAUUGCUGUCUGCGGGAAUUGGCCACAUUCUCUGAAAUGCAAAAGUACUCAUUUGGCUCCAGGAUGCAAAGGAAUCUCUCAAGGAUCUGAAAGGCACUAUAUUAAUGCAUGUUAUUUUACAAUGAAAACACCUCUUCUUUUUCUCUCAAUUUUGUGGCAAGAUGAGUGUGAUCCUAACACUAAUUUUAAAUGUGUUCUAAGGAAAUAAAGCCUUAAUCUCAGUUGAAGAUUAUAUAUUCCUAGCCAAGUAAAUAUUACUGACAUUCAGCAAUUUGAGAGUUGACUUUAUGAAUAUUUUAAUCACUGUCAAAAUAAUUGGUUCUGAGAACUGUAGAUAAUGUUAACUUUGGUAACUGAAGCAAAUAUGGGGACAUGACCCAUCGUUUUAAUAUUUUACAUGUUGUCUCAGUCCUGCCAAAACUGAGAUCUAAUCACGGGGCUUGAAUGCAAUAAUUCUCAUAAGUGGUAAAGUUUUUGUAUUCUCCUCUGCAAUUAAAAUUGCUACCAGAAGAAAAAGUUAUUUGCCAAUCACUAAACUCACUCAAGCAAGCAAAGCCAAGUCAUUUGAAACAAAUGGAACACUUCAACUUAACCUGUGAAUUCCACCAGCCAGAACCUUGCUAAAGACUGCAGAACUUGCUCCAAAAACUGAAGAUUUUGCAAGUAUUUCAGGUUAAGUCAAGACCUUAUAUCGAGGCAUCCAUUGAUAUUCUCCUUCCAGGUGACAGUGUGAACUAGCAAUUUAAGGAGUCUGUUCUGGG